GAGUUCGUGAAAAAAGUUUUUCCUUUUGGUUUUGAAACUUCGCCGUUUUUGACAAAUUUGUCUUAAUUUAACACCGCCCAGCAUUUAUUAAUUAAAUUAUUUAAAUUCUUACGCAUUUUCAUCAAUUUUUUACAAGGAUGUUCAAUUUUUAUUUUAUAGUGGUAAUCUCAAACCACUGGUUGAAUUUCCUUCAUUUGAUGCAGAGGUAUUUUCAUGAAAGACGAUUACCUUUCCGACGUUGGUGGGUGAAGCCACAUAUACAAGAAGACAUGCGAGAUAAUUUUGGAGCCUACGAAAUGUUGUUUUUAUAUUAUGCAAAUCAUGAUAGCGAAUCUUUCUAUAGUUUGAUGAGAAUGGAUGUGAAAUCGUUUCAAAAAUUGUAUAGUUUUCUGCGUUUAAGACUUAUCAAAAAAAGUUGGAGAAAGCCCUUGAGCGGAGAACUGCGCCUUGCUUUAACACUGAGUUAUCUGGCUUACGGUGAUAGCCUCUUCACUACAUCAAAUUUGUUCCGCGUGGGUAGAAGUACAACGUAUGAAAUUGUAGGAGAAGUUUGUCCUCUGAUAUGGGAAUUGUUGUCGCCGAUUUAUCUUCCGUGGAAAUCUGCCGAUGAGCUUAAAGUUGUUGCCCAGGGUUUUUGUGCAAGAUGGGAUUUUCCAAACUGCAUGGGAGCUCUGGAUGGCAAAGAAAUACGGAUUAAAGCUCCACCACAUUCUGGCAGCAUGUUCUGUGAGUGACUUGUCUGCAUUUCGCAACACCGAUUUAUACAAAGCCCUAGAAAUGGGUGAAAUUGAUCUUCCUAGAGACGAUUUCCUACCUCAAAGCAAUAUUCUUAUGCCAUACUUUUUUAUCGGUGAUGCAAUUUUUGAACGAAACUGACGCCUUUUAACAGAAACAAUAUUGUUUCCGAAGAACAAAGAAUUUUUAAUGAAAGAUUAUCCAGAGCACGAAAUUGUAUCGAAGACUCUUUCGGAAUCUUGACGAGCAAAUGGACAGUUUUCAACAAUCGACUUGAUUUUAAUACAGAAAAGUCGAUAAGCGUUGUUCAAGCAUGCAUAUGUUUACAUAAUUUUGUAAUCAAUGAGGAACUGAUUAAUAAUCCCGAGAGAAGACGAGUUUCUGUUCCCGCGCGAGUCCGUGCAAAUGAAGAAGCAAGGAAUGAAUUAUUUGUUCAUCAUAAUAUGCCUAAUGACGCUUAUGAUCAACAACAUCUUUUAGCCACCUAUUUCAUGUCCCCAGAAGGAGCACUACGUUAAGAAUUUUAGUUACUUUGGUGUUUCAAAAUCCGUGUAUCUAUAUACCCUACGUGCAACAAACAUCACCUCCAGGCACCUUAGGAAGAACGUGGUCCCAAAUAAGUUGCAAAUUAAAAGAGUUGAGAAUCCCAAUAACAGAUCCGCAGAAGAGGUGGAACCAAUUAAGAAGAUCUUUCAAUGGACAUUAUAAAAAAUGCAAUUCCAGUUGGUACUUAUAUUAUGAUCUUCAAUUUUUAGUUCAGCACAGCAGAAUUAAAUCAUUCAAAAAUCCUGGAUCUUCCGGACUUCAAACUGUUCCUAAUGCAAAAAAUACUCAUCUUUCAGUGUCAGAUGUUGAAAUGUCUUCACCGUCUUGCAGCUCUUGGGGAGAGAUCAUCAGAUGGAAAUAAUGAUGCAGAGAAAUCCUCAACUGAUGCGGAAAAUGUUAAUUUUCAUAAUUUAUUAGAAGAUAACGAAGCAACUGACCAAAAACCAUUUUCGAAUUACGAUGUCUUAUAUUUUGAGGAUGAAGUUAUUACAGUUGAUGACGAUAAUGUGAUAUCACAAGCUUCAGAUUUUUUACAAACGUCGUCAUUCUCACAAAUUUCUCCAGUUCAUCAAUCGUUUUCCACUUUUUCGCAAUCACAAUCUUCAUUAUUGCCUUCACAAUAUUCAACUUUGCCAAAUGAAGAUGAUUUUCAAAGUGGCAAUUCUUCAUGUCGACAACAGUCAGAAUUAUUCGAAUCGCAAGUUAAUUCACAAUUACAUUCCACAGAAGAUGAAUUUCAAUCACAAUUAAGAGGAUUUUCAAAAAAUUCAUUGUCGAUUUCUGCACUUCAAAAUCCUUUUGCAACAUUUUCUCAACUUCAAGAACCAUCCACAUCAGCAACCUUACAAUUUGGGGAUUCUUCAAAAAAUUCUUCCACGAUUUCUCAACCGCAUAUUAUUUCUACGACUUCUCAUCAACUCCAAAAGCAAUCAUUAAAUCGAAAUUUAAAAAGAAAAGUAAUGCCUGAUAAACCUAAUGCAUUUGAUGCAUUCCCUACAGCUCCCAAAAUGAGACAAUACACUCGAAUACAAGAUAUUCCUAAAACUCAGUUGACUAGUAAAGCUAAUAAGUUACCGCCGAUAGAUCGAUUUGCAAAAGAAAAAUGUGCCAAAAGGCAAAAUGAAAUGUCCAGUAUUAACGAAGCAAUCUUGCGCACGUCUGAAAAUUUUCAAGAAAUGUCAAAUGCAUUUACUCAAUUCGCGAAAACGAAACAAUUAGUCUUACAAAAACAGUUGCAGAAGACUGAUACUCCUGUCCCUCGUGGAGAUGCUCUCUUUAAUUUAUGUGCAAAUGACUAGAUGCAGAUUGAAGAAAAUAAACAGAAGGAUUUAAUGGACAGAGUCUUAGAUAUCUUGCUGAAAUAUAAAAAAGAUUAGAUGCACUAUUUCGCUGUGUGCUUUUUACGACAAAUGUUAUUUACAUUACUCGUUUGAAAAUGCCCCCCUUCGUCAUUAAUUUUUUCUGUUAAAUGUUAAGUAUCUCUCAAAUAAUUAUUAAAUUACAACAAUAAUAAAUAUCACAGGUAAUUUUAAAGGUUAAAGUGUGUGCUAAUGGUUAUCCACUUGCCAAAGAACCACAAUUUUCUGUUAUAUUUUAUAAAAUUUAAUA